UAGGAGGAAGAUGUUGCUACUGGGCACUGAGUGAACAGCAGCCUGUGGAUACAGGAAGCUCCUUCCAUCCAUCCCUCUUCUCUUUCUCAGCACCAACCCUCAAACAGGUAUUUACAUUAGAUUGCCAUGAAUAUUAGAUUUCCAGCAUACAAUUACCUAAGUGAAAAGGACAAUGGAUUGCAAGUCAGCUUGUGGUUACUUGAACCAAUAAUCUCUCUGUGUGUCAAGGAAUUUUCAGUCACUACAGCUAAGCAUAUGAUGUGGACAUGCACUGACUUGAAGAAUGCAAGAACUGUCUUGCUGGAUCAGAACAAGAGCCUCUGCCCCAGCAAUCUGUUUCCAAUAGAAACGUGACUGAAUAGACAUUUGCAAUCAUGGAGCUUGUAGGCUCUACUCUGACGUCAACAUAUGCUCAUCCAAGACCGACACCCUCAAAUUUUCUGCCAGCCAUCAGUACCAUGGCAUCAAGUUACAGGAACCGAUUCCCUCACUAUGCCCUGACCCACAGCUUAAGCCUUCCUUGGAGACCCAGUGCCUAUUACAAAGUGGCCGCCAUCACUCCAACUUUGGCGCCCUUCUCCAAGAGCUCUCAGGGGCUCACUCCAAGCAAGAUGCUGCCCUUUGUUUCCAACAGAACAGCACUGUUUACUAGGUACACACCGGAUGACUGGUAUAGAUGUAAUCUGUCAAACUACAAGGAAUCAGAGAUGUCACGGCAUGGUGCUGAGAGGCUGAGGGUGGACACCUCCCGGAUGAUCCAGGAAAAGGAGCAGCAGACGAGGAAAACCCAAACAGAAACAACAAAAAAUCUGGGCGAACGAGUCAAUGACAUUGUAUUUUGGAAAACAGAGCUCAACCAUGAGACAGAUGAAAUGAUUGGGGAGACAAAUGCUCUUGCAGAUAUGAAGAAGAGACUGGAUAGGGCACUAGCAGAAACAGAAGGGCCACUCCAGGUAGCCCAAGAAUGCCUGCUUCACCGAGAGAAGAGGAUGGGCAUUGAUCUUGUUCAUGAUGAUGUGGAAAAACAACUCCUGACGGAGGUUGAUGUCAUCCACUCGUGCCAAGAACGAAUGAGAAGACACUUGGAUAAGGCGAUAGCCCAGCUUGCAUCUGAUAGGGCAGCUCAACAUGAGCUAGAGAAAGACCUGAGUGACAAGCAGACAGCUCACCGGAUUGAUGACAAAUGUCACCAUCUCAGGAACACAUCUGAUGGCAUCAGCUACUACCGAGGUGUGGAGCGAGUUGAUGCUACGAUUUCCGUGCCAGAAUCUUGGGCCAAGUUUACUGAUGAUAACAUUCUACGCUCCCAGAGUGAGCGGGCUGCCUCUUCCAAGCUCAGGGAUGAUAUUGAAACGCUGCUUGUGGUGACUGCCAAUGAGAUGUGGAACCAGUUUAACAAAGCAAAUGUUGCCUUUACCAACCGCAUCUCUGAAACAGCUGAUGCCAAGAACAAGAUUCAGACCUAUCUGGCUAAGACUCUACAAGAAAUCUUCCAGACAGAGAUGACCAUAGAAGCCAUUCGAAAGUCCAUCAGGGACAAAGGGCCUGCUCUGAAGGUGGCCCACACACGUCUGGAUGAGCGCACUCGUAGACCCAAUGUUGAACUCUGCCGAGACUCUGCCCAGUUACGCCUUGUUAAUGAAGUGUAUGAAAUUGAUGACACAAUCCAGACCCUUCAGCAGCGGCUGAGAGAUGCAGAAGAUACACUCCAGACACUGGUCCACACCAAAGCCAACCUGGAACAUGACCUAGCUGUCAAAGCAAAUACGCUCUUCAUUGACCAGGAGAAAUGCAUGGGGAUGAGGAAGACCUUCCCCAACACACUGAGGCUGGUGGGAUACACAUAGACCGGUGCUAACCUCAAAGAUGUUUUUUCCCUUCUUUUUCUUUUUUGCAAGGGGUGGGGUGGGAGGAGUUAGGAACCGAUGAAUUAAUAAAGGUUUGUCCAGGGGAGGUUUGCUCUGUAGCAAUUUUAUGAGGAUUUUGUUUUUGAAGAUAUGGUUAUAUUUUCAUUUAUUAAAGGAUGCUCUGCACAGGAAUUCAUCCAUCUCCUCUUUAUGUCUAGAAUAUUUCUUUCUCUUCUAGCUGGAUAUUCUCCUUUAUGGGAGAGGCACAAACACCUGUGCAUACACACACAGUGUUUGUUGUAGACAGCCAACUGGCAUGCAGCCCAAUCCUGUGCACACCUUAUGGAAGUAAGUCCCAUUUAAUUCACUGAGACUGACUCCAAGGGUGCAUAGGAUUGCAUCUCAUGCCUUGAUCCAAUAGAGCCAAGAGCUAAUGAGAUAGUGAGGUAAUUCACAUGACCAGGUGGGCAGGCAGGGUGGGGGGAGGCUGGUAAAACUCACCUUCCCAGAUGAGUGCUUGUCUGUUGCUUCAAGUGUGAACCAUGAUCCCAUACAAUAUGCUGUAUGCCGCAGCGUGGAGCUCCUGAGAUGAUGUGAUGUAUUGGAGGAUUCCCCCAGGAGACAGGCAUUCUAGGAGCCCAUCUCUGUGUGGCUGGGGCUAAACAUAACCCCAGAACACAUGAUCCCGAGGCCCACUCAAGCUCUUAAACCUGGCUAAGAGCUGGGUUUGAACGUGGGGCUAGGUGACGCUGCCCCACUGGGAUUGAUCCCGAUCCCGGCGGUUCUCAUUCACAGCUCAACCCAGGCUGGGCUUCCCUGGGUUAGGGUGCACGUGAGAAUAGCUUCAGUGUUUGGUACCAUCAAUCAUCUGUUCAUGGAGAGGGCUGAGGACUGAACCCAACCCCCUUCUCCCCGCUCCUACUCAAACAAAUGAUUGGUUCUGAAUGCUCUCUGAUCCUGGCUGUGUGUAGCCCCAGAUCCUGGAUCAGCCUCUCAGACUGGUAAUUUAUUCUUGCUGUCUCAACCUAUAAUUUUAGGCUUCUCAAAUUGCAGAGCCUUCCGUUCCUCUGUUUUAUUCUAAUGGGGGGGGGGAAUGGCACAAAAGAAUCUGAAAAUACUUGGCAAUGAGUGUAAUUAGGUGCUGAUAUGUAUUGUGUACUUCUGACAACAUGGAAGGAUAAACAUGAAUUAUUUGGCAUCAAAUAAAACUUCCCAGUUCCCUGUUCCAAGCUAUCA